AAUGGCAGUUAAGCCAGUUAUUGGAAGGGAAGGAGAGAGCGUUGUUGAACGUAGGUUAGGAACAGUUGUAUGUUCGUUACCAGGUGAAAGUUCCCAACCGCAAUUCACAAUAUUUCUUCACGAUGGUGAAACUUACGCCAGAUUUAAUAGAACAAUCAAUGCAAUACAUUAAUCCUGUGCGAGAUCGUGAGUUAGAUCUUAGAGGAUACAAAAUACCUACGAUUGAGAAUCUAGGAGCGACCUUGGAUCAAUUUGACACUAUAGACUUCUCAGAUAAUGACAUACGUAAGCUGGAUGGUUUUCCGCUCUUGAAACGGAUCAAAACCUUAUUCUUCAAUAACAAUCGUAUUGUCAGAAUCACCGAAGGCUUAGAGAACUGCAUACCAAACUUACAUACUCUAAUGUUGACUGGCAACAUGAUACAAGAAUUAGGAGACUUGGAGCCUCUUAUACCGCUGAAAAACCUCACAAAUUUGUGUCUGCUACAAAAUCCAGUGUCAGCUAAGCAGCACUAUCGACAAUAUGUCGUGUACAGAUUCCCGCAGCUCAGGCUGCUCGACUUCCGGAAAAUUAAGCAAAGGGAACGCGAGUCGGCGAUAGAGUAUUUUAGGAGCAAACGUGGCAAGGAAAUGGCGCGCGAGAUAGCUAAAAAGGUGAAGGCACAAACAGCAGGCACAUCCGCGGAGAAACCUCUUACCUCUGCUGAGGAGCGUAAAAAGAUUCGUGAGGCCAUCACGAACGCGUCCUCCUUGGAAGAAGUUCAGAGACUUAGCAAGCUACUACAGGCUGGCCAUAUACCAGGCGAAGAACGAUUGCAGAACGGAAACGGAACAUUGGAAGCUAUGGAGGAGGACGAUGAUUAACUCGCCUUAUUUUGUACGUUUUACGUUUACAGCUUAAGGUUCUUGGUCUCUCGCCGCGAAAUUCUUGGUUGAUGACGUCAGAAGCAAGAAAACGCAUGUCCAAAAUUCCUGCAAAGUCCUACGUCGAAAUAAAAAGAUAUCUCUACAAAAUGACACUCGAUCAAGCAACAUUUUUAAAAUACUCCAAACACUUUUGCUCUAAUAAUCAAUGAGUAACCGUAAAAUUAACGCGAGACGCAACCUGCCUUUUUUACCAACACAUCCGCGUUAUUGUCACGUUAAUUUUACAAUUAUUGUUGAUUGUUAGAGUAAAAGUGUGUGGGAUAUUUUAAGUAUUGCUUAAUCGAUUGAAAGUGUUAUUUUUUUAUAUAUAUCUUUUUAUUUGAUGUACCUUGCAGGAAUUUUGGGUAAACAUAUCUUCACUCAUCUAACGUCAUAAAUCAAGAUAGCCACGACGAGUAACUAUAGGGCUUUAAGUUCAAGAUAAACCUCCCCUUAUUGUAAGUAUCUAGAUUGACGAAAGAGCGAUGGACGUAAUGAUGUAAAGUUGAUAAGAAACUGUAUACUACACAAAUGCAUAUAUAUAUAUUGUCGCUGCAAAACGCAGAUAUCCAUUUUGUCAUAAAAAAAUAAAAAUAAUAGUAUAAAAAAUGUAGCCAUGAAGCGAUAUUACUCCUUAUGUUAUAUACGAACAUAAUUUUAAUAUAUUGGUAUGUUUAUUUCAGCAAAAAAUCCGAAUAAACAGAUUCACUUGAGAAGAA